UUCCUUGUGUAAAUUGUCUUGGUCGUAUCAAUAUAGCAUUCCAUAUUUUGGUUGGACUGCUCAAAUCUCAGCUGCGUAUCAUCUUUGAACUCCUCUCUCUCUCUCUCUCUCCGAUACUUGAAAUUGCUUUGGCUUUGCUGUGAUAGAGUGUUGUUCUAGCCGCCUUUUGCUUUAUUCUCGGUACUCUACUGUUCCUUUGAUAUUCCUUAACCGACUACAAGAAAACUCGACUGAAUCUUUUUUCUUUUUUGUGCUUUUCAAUAGGUGGCAUGACUUCCUGGAAAAUGGAAAACAUUACCAAUGUUAUGGAGUUUGAGCCCAUUGCCAGGGAGAAAUUGCCCAAGAUGGUGUACGAUUAUUAUGCGUCUGGCGCUGAGGACCAGUGGACUCUCCAAGAAAACCGCAACGCCUUUUCUAGGAUACUGUUUCGCCCUCGCAUUCUGAUUGAUGUUAGCAAGAUCGAUACAAUUACAACCGUUUUGGGAUACAAAAUCUCAAUGCCGAUCAUGGUUGCUCCGACAGCAAUGCAGAAAAUGGCACACCCUGAAGGUGAGCUUGCCACAGCAAGAGCAGCAGCAGCUACUGGCACUAUCAUGACAUUAUCCUCAUGGGCCACUUCCAGCGUAGAAGAAGUCGCCUCAACUGGACCUGGCAUUCAAUUCUUUCAGCUCUACGUUUUAAAAGACAGGAACAUUGUUCAACAACUUGUGAGAAGGGCUGAAAAGGCUGGUUUCAAGGCAAUUGCUCUUACAGUCGAUACUCCAAGGCUCGGACGAAGGGAAGCUGAUAUCAAGAACAGAUUUGCAUUGCCACCCCACUUGACACUAAAAAAUUUCGAAGGCUUGGAUCUUGGCUCUAUAGACAGGACGAACGACUCUGGACUAGCUACGUACGUUGCUGGUCAAGUCGACCGUUCCCUUAACUGGAAGGAUGUGAAGUGGCUUCAAACGAUAACUAAGUUGCCGAUUCUAGUGAAGGGUGUGCUAACUGCUGAGGACGCAAGCCUGGCCGUACAAGCAGGGGUAGCCGGGAUCAUUGUGUCGAACCACGGAGCUCGACAGCUCGAUUAUGUUCCUGCAACCAUCAUGGCCUUGGAGGAGGUAGUGAGAGCUGCGGAGGGCAGAGUUCCUGUUUUCCUAGACGGCGGGAUCAGGCGUGGAACCGACGUCUUCAAAGCGCUAGCACUCGGGGCGUCUGGUGUUUUUAUCGGAAGGCCGGUAGUUUUCGCGCUGGCGGCUGGCGGCGAGGCGGGCGUGAAGAAAGCCAUCGGGAUGCUGCGUGAUGAGCUGGAGCUGACGAUGGCGCUGAGUGGGUGUCGCUCGAUAAAGGAAAUCACGCGCGCCCAUGUCGUGGCGCCGUGGGACACGGGAAGUCCUCGUGUUGCACCGCGUUUGUGAGUGUUGCAACAACCGUAGAUAUGCGAAGAAGGAAGUGUGGGAACUCAAGAAAGUGAAGAGAAACCACCUCGUAUCAUCAUCUCAUUUGUGUUUGUAUGUUGUUGUUUUGUGCCAAACGUGUUAUGUUGUGUCGGAUAUGCACAAUAAUUUUUAUUCCAAAACCACUUUCUUUUCUU